GCCCGCCACACACCAGUCACACUCACACGGGUUCAGACACAUCGCCUCGCCUCGGCCCGCUGUUCGCCGCCACCAGCUAGCUAGUCCAGCGCCACCGCCAGGCAGCCCACGGCCGCAGCAAUGGCGCGUCUCGCCACCAUCCUCAGCUUCGGGGACCACGCCGAGGAGGGCGCCGGCGCCUUCACGGAGCCGCAGGAGGACUACCAGCAAGAACACGACGACGACGACGACGCGGCGUCGGACGCCAGCGGCGACAGCUUCGAGUUCGCGUUCGCGCGGCCGCUGGCGCCGGCGGGCGGGGAGGCGCUGGCCGACGACCUCUUCGCGCACGGCCGCAUCCUCCCGGCCUACCCGGUCUUCCACCGCCGCCAGGCCCACGACGACGACGCCUCGGCCUCGGCCACCUCCGCGACGGCGCCGCCCUCGCCGGACACGUACUGCGCGUGGGCGCCGCGGUCCGCGCCGGGGUCGCCCGCGCGCGAACCGGCCGCCUUCCCCAAGAGCGCGUCCACGGGCACGGGCGAGGCCGCGCGCCGCUUCCGCCUGCGCGACAUCCUCGGCUCCGGCGGCCGCUCCCACAGCGACGGCAAGGAGAAGUUCCUCUUCCUCCAGCCGACUCCCGCCAAACCCAAGUCCAAGACGAGCGCAUUAUCCGCCGCGUCGGCUCCGGCCAACAAGAAGACUUCGCAGCAGAAGCAGGGCAAGAAGAAGGGCGCGGCCGCCGCUCCGACGGAGAUGGACAUGGCCACCGCGCACAGGCUCUUCUACAGCAAGCCCGGAGCCGCGGCCGGCCCCGGCGGCGAGAGGACGACGACGACGACGAAAAAGUCGUACCUGCCCUACCGGCCGGCCAUCGUCGGCUUCUUCGCCACCGCGCACGCGCUGCGCCCCAAGCACCACCCCUACUAGCCAUCACAUCCCAUCCCCUGCUCCGCUGCUGCCACGAUAAAUCUCAUCAAAUUAAAUUAGUUCGUUAAUUCGUUCUUUUGUCAGAUUCCACGCUCCCGGAAAAAAAGAGAUUCGGUCAAAUCGCUGGUUCUCGUUGGUGUGUAAAUAUAAAAUCGCGUGCUUUCUUGACCCUGAACUUGUCAAUUUCCAGCUACGGCACGUACCCUAUAGUUUACUGCCAAUUGUGAAUCCAUCUGUCUUGUAAAUUAGUCAGCUAAUUCACCCGAGACCAA